AUGAGCUCGGGAGGAACUCGUGUGUACGUGGGUGGUCUAGUGGAAGGAAUCAAGAAGGAAGAUUUGGAGCGGGAAUUCGAUAAAUAUGGCAAAUUGAACUCUGUCUGGGUCGCACUUAACCCCCCAGGUUUUGCAUUCAUAGAAUUUGAAAACAUGCAGGAGGCAGAAGAUGCGUGUAGCGCGAUGAAUGGUUUCGAAAUGUUAGGCGCGACUUUAAAAGUAGAGUUAUCAAGAAAACGUGAUGGGCCACGCCGAGGUUUCCGCGGUGGUGGCGGCGGCGGCGGCGGUGGUGGCCGUGGGAACUUCGGCGGACGGGGUGGGCGCUCUUUCGGUGGGAACGGAGGUGGCAGCAGACCCUACAACAACAGCUAUGGAGGCGGCGGCGGUGGUGGUGGUGGUGGCCGCUCUUUCAACCGCAAUGGCUAUGGCUCAGGCAACAGGGACAAUGGAAGAUCUAGGUCGCCACUGGGCCGAUUUUAA